UUGUGUUUUUUCAGCCUGUUCUUCACUCACACUUUCACUCAGCAGAGAUUCAAAGGUGGAGAGAGCAAAGAUUGUCACCCAGGAAAAAAAAAAGGUAGGAAGGGACACAGAUUUUCUUCCUCUCUCACCAAGAAAGAGACACAAACAAGAAAAAAGAUGGAGAGGAUGCAGACAGAGGGAGAGGAGGACCACCUGGAGCGACCAAGCCCACUGACGGACAAGGAGAGGGUGAUGAUCCAGGACUCCUGGGCAAAAGUCUACCAGAACUGUGAAGACGUUGGGGUGGCCAUACUACUCAGGCUGUUUGUGAACUUUCCCUCAGCCAAGCAGUACUUCAGCCAGUUCAAGAACAUCGAGGACCCGGAGGAGCUGGAGAGGAGUGCCCAGCUUAGGAAGCAUGCUCACAGAAUCAUGAAUUCCCUGAAUACACUGGUGGAGAGCCUGGACAACUCAGACAAGAUGGCCUCAGUGCUGAGGGUGGUGGGCAAGGCCCACGCACUGCGACACAAGGUGGAGCCUGUGUACUUUAAGAUCCUGAGUGGCGUGAUACUGGAGGUCCUAGGAGAGUUUUCCGAGGUUGUGACACCAGAGGUGGCCGCCGCGUGGACCAAACUCUUGGCUACGGUCUACUUCAGCAUCACAGCCAUCUAUGAGGAAGUAGGCUGGACUAAGCUCUCAACCUCAACUGGGUGAAGCUUUUAGUAUGGCUUUAUUGGACCGUGAACUCCCAGAUACUUCUGUGUGUGCCACGGCCUCAUAAGAGAGUUUGACUGUACUGACUUUUGAAGGGAAGCAAUGUAUCUGGGGAAUACAGUUUAAUGUAAUCUAAUUGUAGGCUCUUUUUAUGGCUAAUAACGUGUGUGUGAGUGUGUGUGUGUGUGUGUGUGUGUGUGUGUGAGAGAGUAAAAAGUUAAACCUCUCUCCUUGUUUUUAUACUCUUGUAAAAGACCACAUUUUUAAAAGGAGAGAGCAAAGAUGAAGAAAAUGACAACUUAAACCCAACAGUGGACAAGAGGUCACAUUUGACUUGGAUGUGCCUUCUACCGAAUGUGUAUAUCUAAAAAACUGCCAUGUAAAUACUGUUCUUUCUAAAUAUCAUGUGGCGUUUCCUUUUAUCAGUCUGUGCCCACUUGGCGCUGUUCACUAGAUUUAUUAAGAAGACAUUUUUACAUUUUUAACAGUUAAUUGUGACGAUUGUAAAUUUUUUUCAUCAUGACUCACUUUGUA